AUGACAAGGCCGAAAUCCGUCUCAGUAGCGAAUAGUAUUUUCUCACUACUUGUUUUUCUAUCGCUAGCAUUGUAUAUACUCUUUUUUCACACUUCAUUCGUUAUUGCCACUCUUUCUCUUCAUCAAGAACAACAAUUAAAACCUCAAAUUCCACUCAUUCUCGUUCCCGGAUAUGCUGCCAGCAUUAUUUCAGCAUCAGACAGAAAUUCUGGUAAACUUGUAAAACAUCUCUAUGAAUCGUAUCCAAAUUCCACACAAGAUUUCAUGUAUUUAUCAUGUAAAAUUAUUAAUUCAAAUACAAUGCAAUCAUUUGUUGCAGAUGAUGAACAAUGGGAUUUAACAUCUCCAAUGGAUCGAUCAGGUCUCUUUGCUAUUGACAAUUUAAAUCCUGGAUCUUUACAAGGAAAUGGUCCAGAUCGUUUCUAUUUUCAUGACAUGAUUAAUUAUUUAAAAAAUUCAUUAGGAUAUGAAGAAGGACAAACAUUGUUUGCAUUCCCAUACGAUUGGAGACAAUCCAUUACUAAAACAGCAUUGGGACUUGCAUCCUAUGUGAAAACAAUUGCUUCAAAAACCAAAUCAAAUAAGGUCAAUAUUAUUUCACACAGCAUGGGAGGUUAUAUUACAAAAUCUUCUCUUGUUGAAGAUGGUUCUCUUUCAUCGUAUGUGAAUAUUUAUAUUGCAUUUGGUUCUCCUUGGCAAGGAACUGGAAAGGAUUGGGUUGUUUCUUCAUUAUUUGGAAAUAAUUUAAAUAAUUUUAAAUUGAAUGAAUUGGUCGUGAGGAGUGUCUCUUUAGGAAGUAUUGCAUUCUAUGAGAGAAUGGCAUUGAGCUUGAAAGGAAAUAAUGGAGAGGGUAAAAUUAGUGUGAACGGUGUCGAUGUGAAAGAUCAAACAAUGAUUGAAGCCAUUGACACUUUUCUCAAAGACAAUAAGGUUGAAUAUACAAGUGAAAUGAAUGGAAAUGUACAAUCAGAACUUGUUCCAUUUCGAGCUGAUAUUCUGAGUUACAAGCUUGAAAAUUCUGUCAUUAGACAGAUAUAUAAUUUUCAAAAAGAUAUUUAUGGAUCGUUUCAACCAAGAUAUUUCUAUAAUAUUUUUGGAGAAGGAAGAAGAACUGCACUCAGUGUUUCAUUAACAGGAACUGGUAUUCAAUUAGAAUCAGAUGGAUCCCUUACCAUUUCAAACAUUUCACAAAUUAAAUAUUCGAUGGGAGAUUAUACAAGUGGAGAUGGAGUAGCAACGUUUACCUCUGCAAUGCUUGAUGGAUUGGAAGCUACGCAAAGAAUUUCUUCGUUUAAUUCUCAUAAUGGAUUGCUGAGAGACGGAGACUCGUUCCUCGCAAUCAAGUAUUACUUGGAACAACAUUGUCAUGUGAUUGGAAAGUGGGAUUUUACAAUCUUCAAUGUCAAUGGUGCUGCAAUGACAACAGAAACUAUUCUCAUCAAAGAAACCUAUGAUUGGUUUGCAUACUCGGAAACAUUUUCAAUGAAUGGACGAUAUUUUAGAGACGUGUGGAAUGGAAACAUGACUUUCCAACAAACGCUCUAUGAUUUUUCACUGAAAUUAGACGCCUCUCAAGUGAGGACCUUGGGAAAUUUGUGUGUUUUUUCAAAAUUGAGUGGAACCAUGACGAGCAGAACAAGCGGCACAACUUUUAACAUUUCUGCUGUCGCAAUUGAGCAAUCCCUGCAAUGCAGUCAGAAUCAAGGUUGUGACGUGCCUAAUGGAGUUGGAGUUCGAGAAUGCAUUAAUGGUUACUUGUCUGAUAUUUGUCGUGUCACAGAGUGCAAUCCUGGUUUUUUAAUGUCAGUCGGCCAACCUGUCAGACCUUCUCACUGUAUUGAAAACUCCGUUAGCUUUAUUGCUCCAAUUGUUAUUGGCUCCUUGUUAGGCCUCUUUAUUCUAUGCGCUGGUACUAUUCUUUGUAUAUGCUUUCUUCGAGUCAAGUUUUCAAAGAAACGAGCUGUUGAUACUUCAUACCAAGCAUUCUAG